AUGGAGAAAUUCCUGCGGGAAUGGCGCCAGGAUGCCCUCAAUAAGGCACAGUACGAUUCCGCCAUCUUCGUGGGCGACAAGCUGCUUGCCCUGACCAAUGACGAUAAGGAUGCAUUCUGGUUGGCACAGGUUCAUUUUGCCACGGGCAAUUACACACGUGCCCAAACCUUCCUCUCGAAACAAGACCUGAUCACUCGGAAUACCUCCUGUCGCUACCUCGCUGCGCACUGUCUUAUCAAGCAGUCCCGAUACGACGAAGCGCUUGGUCUUCUUGGAGACCGAAACCCCGUGCAUCUCAUUGCGAAUGCGAGCAACAAGCGGAAGGUGCAGCACACGGGCCUCCAGAGCAGGCAUGCGGCUCUUGCUAAAGGCGGUCGUAUGGCCCGCGACGAGGCGGCCGAAGAGGAGUCGGCGAACCGAAAAUACGAGGCGGCCAUGUGCUACCUGCGAGGCAUCUGCUAUGCCAAGCAGAAUGCUUUCGACCGCGCCAAAGAGUGCUAUAAGGAUGCCGUCAAGAUCGACGUGCAGUGCUUCGAAGCGUUUCAGCAACUCAUGAGCAAUUCUUUGCUGUCACCGGACGAGGAGUGGCAGUUCCUGGAGACUCUCGAUUUCGACGCCGUCAGUGUGCCAGGGGACGUCUCUGCCUCGCAGGAGGCUGCCGACUUUACGAAGAUGCUGUACACAACAAGGCUCUCGAAGUAUCGCGACCCCUCCAGUUUUACGACAGCAUACGACUCAUUAUCGACACACUACCGCCUCGCUGACAACCCGGAUCUUUUGUUGGCCAAAGCAGACCUUCUUUACACCCAAUGUCGGUACCGAGAGGCCCUUGGUAUCACUGAUUCUGUGCUGCAAGACGACAAGUACAACUUUAGCAUUUAUCCUCUGCACCUUGCGUGCUUGUUCGAGCUCAAGAUGAAGAACGCCCUUUUCCUAGUGGCGCACGACCUGGCCGACCACCAUCCCGAGGAGCCGUGCUCUUGGCUGGCUGUGGGCACGUAUUAUUUUGCUAUUGACAAGAUUGCCGAGGCUCGCAGAUACUUCAGCAAGGCGAGCAUGAUGGAUGCGCACUUUGGUCCAGCGUGGAUCGGCUUCGCGCACACUUUUGCGGCUGAGGGCGAACACGACCAAGCCAUAUCGGCCUACUCGACAGCCGCCAGGUUGUUCAUGGGUACACAUCUUCCGCAAGUGUUCCUCGGCAUGCAACACCAUGCGCUCAACAACAUGACGCUGGCAGAGGAGUUUCUCAAGACUGCAUACGGGCUCUGCAAGACAGAUCCCCUCCUUCUGAACGAGAUGGGCGUUGUCAAGUACCACCAGGACAAGCCAGAGGAGGCCGUUCGCUUCUUCCUUCGCGCGAUACAGAUCGCCGGCGAGAUUGAUGCCGACCCUAGCGCUUGGCUUUCUGCUCGCACGAAUCUGGCCCAUGCCUACCGUCGUCUCCGGAGGUGGAGUGAUGCGCUCCAGGAGUUCAACGAGGUCCUGCGUCUCGGCGGUAAAGACUCGGCGAUACUGAGCGCCAAGGGACUGAUCUACCUGGAAAACGGUCAGCCCGAGCGGGCCAUCAUCCCGCUCCAUGAGGCGUUGGCAAUCCACCCUCAAGACGGCAUCGCAACAGAGUUGCUCAACAAGGCUCUUCAAGAGUCCAUGUUUAUCGAUGUUGCGGACAAUGAUGAGCUCGAUGCGUUUGAAUAUGACCUCGACAUGGGCAAGGCGCAUGCCAAGGAGAAACUGGCGCGACCCCGUAGGAAGGGUGAUGCCAAGGGCAAAGGGAAAGCGGCGGGCCGGUCGAGGGGGCCUCUCAUGGACGAGGAUGAAAAGGGCGAAAGCAUGAUGGAGAUGACUGACGACGACUGA